AUGGCACAGCGCCCUGACGCCACCUUAGUUGGCACGUGGCGUAUGGGGAUGUCAGCGGAGGUCGACUGCAGUGAGGCGGGCAAGGCGGGGAUAUUUUGCGGCGCCACAUCAGACAUGUGCGCCUCGUCCCCCUGCCAGAACGAGGGCAUCUGCGUGGACAUGAUGGACGACUAUGUGUGCAUGUGCCCCACGCAUGCCGACGUGCGCUACAUGGGCAAGGACUGCGACGAGCUGUACGACGCCUGCCAGUUCUUGCCGUGCGAGAACUGCAACAGUGUGCCCGGCACGACCGAGUACACCUGCAUCUGCCCCGACGGGUUCGCGGGCGAAAACUGUACGGAGAACGUGAACGAGUGCGAGAGCAACCCCUGCACUGGCCUGAUGUCGGAGUGCGUUGACGGAGUCAACGGCUACUCCUGUUUUUGCCCAAUGGGCUUCGGUGGCGAGGACUGUAGCAUGCCCGUGGUGGACUGCGCCGAUCAGCCCUGUCACAACAACGGGACGUGUUCCCGUGUCCCCGACGGCUACGAGUGCCACUGCCCCGAGGGCUUCGAGGGGGAGAAAUGCGAGGAGGACAUCGACGAGUGUCUCUCGCACCCGUGCCAAAACGGGGCCAUCUGCAUGGACGACGUGGCGGCCUACCACUGCUACUGCGUGCCGGGCUUCCAGGGCGCCAACUGCGAGAUCGACAUCAACGAGUGCGCUUCGCACCCCUGCGAUAACAACGGCACCUGCAUCAACCUGAAGGACCACUACGUGUGCGAGUGUCUGCUGGGCUACACAGGUAGAGACUGUGAGUUGGAGAUCAACGAGUGCGCGUCUGAUCCAUGUCAAAACGACGGCAUCUGCCACGACCUCAUUGGCCUGUACACUUGCGAGUGUCUGCUCGGGUUCGUGGGGCUGGACUGCGAGAUCAACAUCGACGAGUGUGAAAGUGACCCCUGCCUCAAUGGAGCCGCCUGCAUCGACUUGGUCAACAGUUACGAGUGUGACUGCUCUGGCACGGGCUUCAUGGGUGACCACUGUGAGGAGGAUAUCCCAGAGUGUGCCUCAGAGCCGUGCCAACAUGGCGGCACCUGUGAGGACGGCACCAACGAGUACCACUGCACCUGCUGGGAAGGUUACGAGGGUGACAACUGUGAGGUGGACAUUGACGAGUGUGCGGACGGGCCGUGUCUUAAUGAUGGAGAGUGCUUCCAGAGGUCAGACCCUGCCAGCUGGGAGGAAGGGUGGCAUUUCAACUACGCCAGCGCAUCUGGAUACGUGUGCCAGUGCCAGCCUGGCUUCACAGGAGAGAAUUGCUCCGUCAACAUUGAUGAGUGUGUGUCCGAGCCAUGCCAAAAUGGAGGGACCUGUGCAGACCUAGUCAAUGCAUACAUGUGUGUCUGCACUGAGGGAUUCACAGGCGCUUCCUGUGAGGUGAACAUCGAUGAGUGUGAGAGCCAGCCAUGUCAGAACGGCGGCUUGUGUGAGGACGGGGUGGCCGACUACACCUGCCACUGUCCCCAGCUGUUGGAGGAAGAAGAGGGCAGCGGUAGCCUUCCGUGGGGCGGUCCAAACUGCGACGUCCAGCUGCUGGGCUGCCAGGAGCACGAGUGCCAGAACGACGCCAUCUGCGUCCCGUGGCUGGACGUGGACGACCACCACCACACUUGCCGCUGCCAGCCAGGCUUCACCGACGAUGUGUGCUCCACCCCCACCACCUUCUCCUUCUCCACGCCGGGCAUCAUGCAUGUGGAGGUGGAGCUGCCUGAGCAAGAGAGAAGGCGUAGGGACGUGAGCAGCGCCAGUGCAGGCCCAAGCGUCCACCUGCGCUUCCGCACCACCCUGCACCACAUGGUGCUGCUCUACAGGGGCGACGCCGAGAGCUUCAUGACCCUGGAGAUCCUGGAGGGACGUCUGAAGGCCAGAGCGGUCUCUGGGGACCUUGACCUGGAGGCCACCUUCCACGGCCAGGUGUAUGACGGAGUCUGGCGUGACCUAGAGGUGGUCGCAGGUGACGGUUUGACCCUGGUGCUGAAGGGGCCGGGCUGCGACGAGGACGGGUGUCGGGUGGUGAACGGCAGCAGUUCCCCUGACGGCCACUUCUUCCAUCACCCGGACUCCUUCAACCACGUCUACGUAGGCGGCGUCCCAGACGAGGAGGAGUACAUCGCGAACCUGGAGAAAAACACUGGCUUUGUUGGGUGCAUGGAGGACCUGCUGAUCGACUCCAAGGUGGUGUUGCCACAGAACCUUCCAGAGGACGCUGUUCAGGACUUGGAGCUGGGCUGCGUCAAGACGGAAUGGUGCGAGGUAGACCCCUGCUCGGGAAAUGGUGACUGCCUGGACCUGUGGACGGAGUACACCUGCGACUGCCAUCGACCUUUCUAUGGCAACAGUUGCUUAGAUGAGUUUCCUUCUUGGACCUUCAGCCAUGAGGACACGUUGAGUUACGUGGCAUACGACAUAGGCAACGAGCAUGGUAAAGAGUUCACAGUGUCCUUCUUCCUGCGCUCCCUGAAGGAGGAUGGCCUGGUCGUUCAGCUCGCCCAUCCAGAAGAAGACAACCCAUACCUCACACUCUUCCUGAAGGCUGGUCGUCUGAUGAUCCAUGCCCAGCCAGACACGUUGCCCCUCACCGCGCCAGUCUUCCUGGCCGAUGGUCACAAACACCUGGUUCAGGUGGAGCUGAAAGAGGAUGGAAAGGUGGUGUUUGAGUACGAGGGUCUACGCUACACACUGGGCCAGUUUGCUGACGUGGUAGUGGGGGACGGCGAUAUGGCCUACGUGGGUGGACUACUGGAGGGGGAGCUGGAGGAGUGGGGUGGACACUUCAAAGGUUGCCUGCAAGACAUGCGCUUGGACGACAUCCACCUGGAUUUGGACGCCUGGAAUAGAUCCGAGGACGCGACCGUGUACUUCCCCAGCGACUCUGCCAACGUGGAGCAAGACUGCUUAAGUGAUGACACAUGCAAGGAGGAGCCGUGUAUGAACGGCGGAGAGUGCACCAUCACCUGGAACGACUUUGUCUGUUCGUGUCCUCUGAACUUCACUGGGAAACAGUGUGAGACACGCGUGUGGUGCGUCAGUGACCCGUGCAUCAACGGUGGCCGUUGUGUUGACCUACCUGAUGGAUAUGAAUGCAUCUCCAACGCCACAUUUGACAACACCCCCCUGCAGUAUUCGUCCAGGGGGUCCCUGAGCGACCCGGUGGUCAGCCUCAGCCUGGAUGUGCGGACGCGUACGGAGAACGGGCUGCUGCUUCAGGCCUCCAACGGAGCAGAGUAUCUGCAGGUGGCGCUCAUGGACGCCUCGCUCAAGGUGGAGAUCCACAGCGAGAACAGCGUGGAGGCGCUGGACUUCCUGGGCCAGCGGCGGGUGUCGGACGGCCAGUGGCACCGCGUGCACAUCUUCAUGCGGGAGCCCGAGCAGGAGGCCUCGCCCUGGGAGAUCCUGCUGGACGGCAUCACGGACGGCCAGAGCAGCCAGAUGCUGGCGGGCAGCCUGCACUUCCUCAACGAGGACAAGACCGUGGUGAUGGUGGCCCAGAGCUUCAAGGGCUGCCUGGGCGCGGUGAGGAUCGGCGGCGCGUACCUGCCCUUCGUGGACGACCUCGAGCCUCCCCAGACCGGCCGCUUCUACAGGGUCGGGGACGAGGCGAUACGGACGGGUUGCACCAGCGAUCCCGUGUGCGACGCCAAACCGUGCAAAAACGGUGGCACGUGCGAGGACCUCUUUGAUGAGUUUGGGUGCGCGUGCAAGCGGGGCUGGGAGGGACGGCGGUGCGAGGUGGACGUGGACGAGUGCGCGUCGCAGCCUUGCGUCCACGGCAGCUGCAGGGAUUUCCUCGGCAAGUUCGAGUGCACGUGCCACGCGGGCUACACGGGCAAGACCUGCCAAACGGACGUUGAUGACUGCGUAGAGGGGCACUGUGAGAACGGAGGGACCUGUAAGGAUGGGGUGAACCAGUACUCCUGCAUUUGCCCGCCAAACUACACUGGCCCCCGCUGCCAGUGGAACUACCCUCCUCUUCCCUGUGAUGAAAUGGAGUGUGGCGAUAAGGGCUCCUGCCACGAAGAGGACUGGGGAGGCAACUGUGUCUGUACGGCAGGCUACACAGGCUACAGGUGUGAGCUGGAGGUGGAUGAGUGUGCGUCUAACCCCUGUAUGAACGGGGGCUCCUGUGUGGAUCGCCUCAACAAGUUCCAGUGUCUCUGCCCCGCAGGCUUCAGCGGCUCUCACUGCGAGACCAGCAAGCAGUCUCGGCGUGAGCGUUUCCCCUGGCUGCUGGUGGUCAUCCCCCUGGGCUGCUGCUGCCUGCUGCUCAUCGUCAUAGCGACCACCUUCAUGGUGCUGACGGCGCGCCGCAAGCGCCAGUCGGAGGGCACCUACAGCCCCAGCUCCCAGGAGGUGGCAGGAGCACGCAUGGAGAUGGACAGCAUGUUGAAACUGCCGCCAGAGGAGAGGCUGAUAUGA